AUGAUCAACCUUCAACAGUUGGUACCAGUUCUAAAAGCUAGGGUAAGGAACAGUUUAAUGUACGCGGGAGGCGUAUGCCUCAGUUAUACUUGAAAAAGUCACAUACAAGCCAGUUUUCCUUAGUUUGAUCAUCUCGAUUGAGUAGCUAGCGCCGGAAACAUCACCUUCUUAAUUUUUUUUGAAAAAUAGCCAAUUUCGCCCUUCCCUGAUUUGAGUGUCGUUUUCUUGCAGUUUAGGAAGAGCCGAGGAAUUAGUGCACAAAAUGUUUCGAAAUGUUUUCCUGAUUUAAUCACCUUUACCCACCAAAUCGUAUCAAAUAAAAUGGUAUUCAACUGAUUUUUGAAUGUAGUUUCGUAAUUUUGUUUUGGUUUUUAUUUAAAUCUUAAAACACCGACUUCGUGGGUCGUUGAAAAAGUUAGAUUAAAUAAGCUUUGUUUUCAAAGAGAAGUACUCUUUUCUAAGAAUCGCAUUUGUUGUUUUUCAGGUAAAAACUGACAGAAGAACUCUUGGGGAUCACUAUCCUGUAAAAGAUGCCGCGAGAGUGAACUUAGCGAGGUUUAUAAAAUACAAACAGAAAAGUCAUUAGGAAGUGUAAUGGCAGACCGCUGCGCGUCAAAUGGUCUUCGCCCUCUCAGGAAUCCCGCAGCCUUCAUCUCUUUCCAAAAAAUUAGCGGUCACAGCGUAUUAGAUUUUCAGGCUUUUUGAUUCUUUUAUCUUUUGCGCCACCAUUAAAGGUUUCAGCUCAUUAAAGCCGAAUAGGAUUUCCAGCUAUUAAACUACAGUCAUUGACGGCGUUUGGUGUCCUGUGUAGCUAGUCAAACUGAUUCAUCGGUUAGUCGUUGAAGUUUAUGUUAGAGCUGAGUCACCAGAAUCUAGUGUGAAGGGGGCAAUUCCAGUCGCGAGGAGUACAGCAUGAAAAGAAUCUUCAAUCGUGGAAGUCUAACGCGCUGGGAUACUGUAGUGGAAUCAGAUGGAGGCUCCGAGACGAUGGAGCUUCUGGCCAUUUUUAAACUGGUUAAAUUUGUGUAG